AUGGCGUCGGACGGCAGCCGACCGGCCAAGAUGGCCAAGGUGAGCGCAACUCUUUCUGGUCCCUGCCCUGGAUCACUGAGUCAUCAAGUGGGGGACAUGACUGUUGAGGUGGCAUCGCGGGGAUCAGGAACACAAAUAAGGGUUGUCUUCUGCAUUCAGGCUUUGGGGGUCAAGAACAAACAUGCGGCCACCAUUCAGAUUUCGGCCGAACAGCUUCUGCGCGAGGCAAACGAACGACAGAUCGAGUAUGUGGCUCCCGUGCCCAAGCAAAACAUUACCGAUCCGCAGGAGCUAGAGGAGUUCAAGCUGAAUCGUCGCAAGAACUAUGAGGAUAACAUCCGCUCCCGACCCGAUGAGAUGCCCAACUGGGUCAAGUACGCCGUGUGGGAAGACUCCCAGGGCGAAACGGAACGUGCUCGAUCAGUGUUUGAGCGCGCCUUGGACGUCAAUCAUCGUGCCAUCACCGUCUGGCUCAAGUAUGCCGAAAUCGAGAUGAAAAAUCGCCAAGUCAACCACGCCCGCAACAUUUUCGAUCGAGCCGUCCUCAUCCUGCCGCGCGUCAACCAGUUUUGGUUCAAGUACACGUACAUGGAGGAAAAGCUCGGCAACAUUGCUGGCGCCCGCCAGAUCUUUGAGCGUUGGAUGGAGUGGCAUCCGGAUGAGGACUGCUGGUUUGCCUACAUCAACUUUGAAAUGCGCUACGGCGAAGUGGAGCGCGCUCGUGGCAUCUAUGAGCGCCUCAUUGUGGAUCACUGUGAGCCAAAACACUGGAUCAAGUACGCCAAGUUUGAGCUCAAGAACCGUGAAAAUGACAAAGCCCGCGAGGUCUUUGAGCGCGCGGUCGAAUUUUUUGGCGAGGACCACCUGGACGAAACGCUUUUCAUUGAGUUUGCCCGCUUCGAAGAGCGCCAAAAGGAAUACGAGCGCGCCCGUGUCAUCUACAAAUACGCGCUCGAUCGCAUUCCCAAGGAGCAGGCCAAGCAACUCUUUGACGCGUACACUUCUUUCGAGAAGCGUUUUGGCAACCAAGACGGCAUCGAAUCCGUCAUCCACAACAAGAGGCGCUUCCAAUACGAGAAGGAGAUCAAAGAGAACCCACACAACUACGAUGCCUGGUUUGAUUAUAUUCGCCUUGCAGAAUCAGAGGGUGAUGUUGCCAAGGCACGGGACAUCUACGAGCGCGCCAUCGCCAAUGUGCCCCUCGAUCAGGACAAGCGGUAUUGGCGCCGAUACAUUUAUUUGUGGGUGUAUUACGCCGUCUUUGAAGAAUUGACCGCCAAGGACGCCGAUCGAACACGGGCGGUGUACCAGGCUUGCUUGCAGUUGUUGCCACACAAGACUUUUACUUUUGCCAAAGUCUGGCUCUACGCAGCGCAGUUUGAGAUUCGCCAGAAGAACCUCAAGGCCGCGCGUCAGCUCCUUGGUCGGUCACUCGGACUGUGCCCCAAGGAUAAGCUUUACAAGGGCUACAUCGAGCUUGAACUUGAGCUGCGCGAAUUUGAUCGAUGCCGAACGCUCUACAAUAAGUAUCUCGAGUUCAAUCCGGCUACGUGCCAGACCUGGGUUCAGUAUGCUGAGCUUGAGGCCGUUCUCGGGGACUACGAGCGCGCCCGUGCCAUCUUUGAGCUGGCCAUCGAUCAACCUCUGCUUGACAUGCCCGAGAUUCUUUGGAAGGCUUACAUUGAUUUUGAGAUUGAGCAAGACGAGGUCGAACGCGCCCGUCAGCUGUACGAGCGAUUGCUGGAGAAGACAUCCCAUGUGCGGGUCUGGAUUUCGUAUGCGCAAUUCGAGGCGUCUCUCGAAGUGGAAGACAAUGCUGACCGUGCCCGCGAGGUGUUUCGACAAGGCCACAAGGAGGUCAAAAAGCAAGGCGACAAGGCAGCUCGCAAGGUGUUGCUUGAUGCCUGGAAAGCCUUUGAAGAGGAGCAGGGUGAUGCCGAUGCACUCAAGGAGGUCACGGGCCUCAUGCCCAAGCAAAUCAAGCGCCGCCGCGAAGUGUUUGCUGAAGAUGGCACGAGCGACGGCUGGGAGGAAUACUGGGAUUACGUGUUCCCAGAUGAGGAAACGACCAAGCCUCAUCUCAAGCUGCUCCAGAUUGCUCAGCAAUGGAAGCAAAAACAGCAGGCGGAGGAGGCGUAGGUUCGGUCCGCCCGGACGGGCUUUUGCUGCCACCUUCUUUUCUUUCCAUCGUUCUUCCAGACCUCUGUCGAUUGUGUGCUCGCACGAGGCUCGCUCACUGGCUCAAUCGAUACACAAUGCUC